UUGCUUAGCUGAGUGCUGAGAUUGAGAUUAUUGUAUCUUUGAAUUGCAUUUCAUGGCAAACUGCAUUAAAUAUUCAAGCUUUGUGUUGAUUCAAUUGUUGUUUCUUUUCAUUUUUUUGGUUUCCUCUUUCAAAUUUUCUCACGUUAGUGGUUCUUUUGCUGCGUUUAAGAAUAUAUUGAAACCCCAACAUAAGUCGAUUAUUUCUAGCUUAUACGUGCAUGCUCAUCCAGUUAAUGCCAUUCUGGCAAGUGAGGAAAGGAGAGUACUAACAAGUACCACAACAAUUGUCAAAAUGAAGAGUGGCAAUCAGACAUGGGAUCCAUUGGUUGAGGAGUUCACAUUUGCAGCAAAUUCGGCUCCGUUCAAUAAUUGUCAUGCUUCUACUAUUGUUGAGGUGAAUAAAGAUCAUUUCUUGGUUGCUUAUUUUGGUGGUACAGUGGAGGGAGCUCCUGAUGUUAAAAUUUGGGUGCAGACUUUUAAGGAUGGCCUUUGGACUGCUCCUGUUAUUGCUGACGAGCAAUUUAAUGUCUCAAUGUGGAAUCCUGUACUGUUUAAGCUUCCUUCCAGUGAAAUACUCUUAUUCUAUAAAAUCGGGCAAGAGGUACAAAAAUGGAGUGGAUGCUUGAAGCGGUCUUAUGAUGGUGGUGUUACAUGGACGGCAAGAGAACAGCUUCCUCCUGGUAUAUUGGGGCCAAUAAAAAAUAAGCCAAUCUUGCUGGAAAGUGGUAACUUGCUUUGUGGAUCAUCUGUGGAGAGUUGGAACUCUUGGGGAGCAUGGAUGGAGAUGACUGCUGAUUCAGGUAGGACGUGGAGGAAGUAUGGUCCAAUAUACAUCGAGAAUAACCCUCUUAGUGUGAUUCAACCCGUUCCUUACCAGACUGAAAAUGGGACAUUGCGUAUUCUUCUAAGAUCAUUUUCUGGCAUCGACAAAAUCUGCAUGUCGGAGUCCCAUGACGGUGGUUAUACUUGGAGUUAUGCAAAGCCUACUGAAUUACCCAAUCCUAACUCAGGGAUUGAUGGGGUUAAGCUGAAAGAUCGUCGUCUUUUGCUUGCGUACAAUACCAUUUCUAGGGGUGUGCUCAAGGUAGCGCUCUCAGAAGAUGAUGGAGACUCAUGGCAUGAUGUUGUCACACUCGAGGAAACAGUUGGAGAGUUCUCUUAUCCAGCUGUUAUCCAAGAUAGUGAUGGAUUAGUUCACAUAACUUAUACAUACAACAGAACACAAAUCAAGCAUGUAGUCCUUCAACCCAACUAACGGAGUACAGCAACAUGAGAACCUUUUGAGUAGAGAAGGUGUAUAAUCUUAUUUGUGCCGUAGAACUG